AAAAAUCCUAGCUAACGUUGAGGUCUCCAGAAAGAAGCCUGUUUUGUUUUGUUGAAAUUCGCUCCCCUCCUUUGGACCUCGUUGAGGCGCAAUGACAACUGAGAAGGUUUAUACAUUAGGUUUGAAAUAUAAAGCACACAGCCCCUUUCUCCAGUACAUAGCCGUCAAAACCCACGAUGCCGGCGGAACAGCCCUUUUCGUUAGCGGCCUGCCAUAUGGGUUAAAUGAAGUGACGCUGAAGGAGUUGUUUGAAGCUUUUGGGUCGGUAAUUCAGGCUGUGCUGCACCCGCUCAAGCGGAGUGGCAUCGUUGUGUUUCGGGAGCCGCAAGGCCGGGCCGCCGCCGUCAAGUACGCGGCCAAGGGGCAAGUGCUGGAAUUUGCAGGCGGACCACAGGGCGACGCUGAAGGCGAGGACGGCGGCGCGGGGGAACCAGUGGGGCUGAAAGCGUGGGUGCACGAGCAUAAGGCGGCGAGGCCCGGCAACGACGCGUUGCAACAACAGAUCGACGACUGGAUGGACGCAUUUGACGCGGACCAGGAGCGCAAGUCGCGCGAGAAGCAGGCAGCGAUGGGCGAGGACGGCUGGACGGUGGUGGUGCGGGCCAAGGGCCGCAAGCGCACGCGCGAGGACGGGGGCGUGAAGGUGCAGAGUGGCGGCGUAGCAGUCAACGCCGCAGCCGCGGCGGCCGCCGCCUCCGCCAAGGACGGCAAGGAGGGCGGACUGGGCGACUUCUACCGCUUCCAGCGCCGCGAGAAGCGCCGCAGUGAGCUGGAGGAGCUGCGGCAGCGCUUCGACGACGACCGCAGGCGGCUGGCGCAGCUUAAGGCGGCCCGCAACUUCAAGCCCUAUUGAGCUCUGCGGCAACUGGAGGGCUGAUGGCGGCUGGCGGGAGCUCAGGGUGGAGCCGACAGGCCGGUCCAUCAGUGCAGCGGCGUGGGUGACGGGGAGGGGCCACGUUGGUGCGCGCCGUGUCGGUCAGGCGGUUUGGUCUGUAUUGUGGCUUCGCGGUGUGCUUGCCCUGCUGAUCCACCAUGCGUAAAGGAGGACUACGAUGUACUGUCUGUCGGCAAGCGCGGACGGAGCACCUGCUAGUAUAGGAAUGUGCUAAAGCAUUGGACGUCAGGCAUACUACGAUGCCUAGUAGGGGUGGCGAUCAGGGCGGCCGGACGAGUGCACCAGGGAUGCAGUGGAGUGCUUUGUUAGAUUGCCCCUGUCCAGUCCCGGCAACUGGAGAGUCUUUGCCUGCAACCUUGUUUUAUAUUGCAAUGUAGUCUUACUUUCAUACACUAAGUAGGCACACGAACACAGACGAAGUGCGGCUUUCGCGGGUACGGGGAAACUGCUGCUGUUGCCUGCCUUAUUGUCGGCCUGUCCUUUUGCGGUCUCACCCGGCCAUUACAGCACAUAGUUUGUUAUAAGUUGAUGAACGCGCUGAUCACCGAGGACGCGCCUGCAAUCGAUGGCGGUUUCUACGUGCGACGAAGUGAUGAGCAAGGGCUGCCUCGCAUUACUGGAAUUUGAUAGUUAC